ACAUAGAAUAGAAGUUGGGGAUUGUGAGAACUUCAAAGUCGUCGGUCGUCAAUCAAAUUCCAAUCUCUAUGCCUGAAGUGGAAAAAAGAGAGACGCCUUUCCCUCCAUUAGGCAUUACGAAAACAUCAUAGUUAACACACUCGGCAGGAGACAAAUCUCCCUUAUAAGCAUAGAUAUAGUCGCCUACAUCUUGAAAAAUACUAAUGUCAAAAUUUUUAGGUAGUCAAUUCUUUCCAUGGGGAGUUUGAUAUAUCUUCUUCUAUAAGCUAGAAUCACUGGUAUCUGGUGCUCAAAAUGAAUGGCUACAGCUUGUUGGAGCAUACUCUUCAGAAUAUACUUCGCUCUAUCAAUCCCUUGGAGGAGGAUUGGUCUAUGCGAUUUCAACUCAUUCACGAACUUCGAACCGUGGUUGAAAGCAUAGAAAUCUUGAGAGGGGCAACUGUAGAGCCAUUCGGAUCUUUUGUAUCAAAUCUUUUUACAAGAUGGGGAGAUCUUGAUAUUUCCAUAGAGUUGCCCAAUGGAUCCUAUAUCUCAUCUGCUGGGAAGAAGUACAAACUAAGUCUACUAGGGGAUGUACUAAAAGCUCUGAGAGCUAAAGGUGGAUGCCAAAAGCUGCAAUUUAUUACCAAUGCAAGAGUUCCAAUCUUGAAGUUUCAGGGCAAUUUCAAUAUUUCUUGUGAUAUAUCAAUCAAUAAUUUGAGCGGUCAAAUGAAGUCCAAGAUAUUAUAUUGGAUCAACCUGAUUGAUGGACGAUUUCGUGAUAUGGUCUUACUGGUGAAAGAAUGGGCUAAGGCACAUAAUAUCAAUGAUUCUAAGACUGGAACUUUGAACUCGUAUUCUCUAAGCUUGUUAGUUGUCUUCCACUUUCAGACAUGUCUACCUGCAUUGUUACCACCUCUUAAAGAAAUAUAUCCAGGAAAUAUGGUUGAUGAUCUUACAGGUGUUAGGGCUAGUGCAGAGAAACUCAUUGAAGAAACAUGUGCUAUGAAUAUAAAUCGACUUAUGUCAAAUAAGUCUCGAGUGAUUAAUAAGAGUUCUCUGUCUGAGCUUUUCAUCUCAUUCAUCGCAAAGUUCUGCGACAUCAGUUCAAAAGCCUCUGCUCAGGGAAUCAGCCCAUUUACUGGCCAGUGGGAAGACAUUGGGAGCAACAUGAGAUGGCUGCCUAAAACAUAUACAAUAUUUGUUGAGGAUCCCUUUGAGCAGCCACUUAAUUCAGCAAGGGGUGUAAGCAGUAAACAGCUAACAAGAAUAGAAGAAGCAUUCAGGCGUACCCACUUUAUGCUUAUUUCAUCGAAUCAAAACGAGAAUGAAGUUAUUUCGACUCUUGUUAAGCCACAUGUAUUGAAGUUUGUGGCAAGAACACCUGGUAACCAAAAUAACUACAGUAGAAAUGGCCUUGGGCCACAAUUGCAGUCUCAGAGAGCUAUAAAGCCACCAUUACAAGCACAUCAUCAGCUUCAGGCCCAGAGAGCUAUACAGCCACCAUUACGAGCACAACAUCAGCUUCAGGCACAGAGAGCUAUAUAUCCCCCAUUACAAGCUCAUCAGCUUCAGGACAAACGGAUGAACAGGAAUCAGAAUUCAACGGCGCAGGGACCAACACAUGCUAUUCGUAUUCAAACACAGACAGUAUGGAGGCCAAAAUCUGACAGAUAGGGGUGUGAAUUUGGAGUUUUGCUGCUGAAACUAAGUAUCUAUUCAAGUGCUUUUACAUUUUUUUUUCUUUGGGGUGGUUAUGGGGAGGGUAAUGAUAGCUUGGGUCCAGAGAGACUAACGAGUCUAUUUGCCAAUUUGAGAGAAAGACAAUUGUCCUUUGAGGACAUCCUAUAAAAUUGGAGCAAUAUAGAAAAGAAAAAACUUGAUAAUACAUAUUGCUAUGUGCUGCCAGCACUAGUAAUGGUGGAUGCCGAUGCAAUGGAUAUAUUCUCUUA